AUGUCGCAGCUCUCCGAUGUCUACGCAUCAUCUAGCUUCGAUGGGGUGCAAUUAGACACGCUACAAUACCUUGUUCCUAACGAUUCCCUAUCCCAACGCGAAAGCCAGAGUCAACUACUAUCCGAAAGUCAGUUUGGAUCAGUUCCAGACCUUCCAGACCUUCCAACCCAUCGAUCGCGCGUGGCACCUCAGGCCCCAGACACUCUUACACGAAUCAAACCAGACCGUAUCAACGAGUACGUUGUCUUUACAACUACAAUGACCGCAGAAUUUAUUCAGUGGUGGCUUGAAACCGACUUUGGUAAGAAGAAGCGGAUCAACUGGGAUGUGAACCGUCGUGCAGAGUGCUGGAAAGGGUUUCAACAAGUUGCAAAUACCAAAGAUGGGAAGCCAGACGUUAUAUGCAAACGGUGCCGUACAAUUCUUGAGCACCCAACUACCAACCAUACUGGAACCUCAUCGAUGCAGAAACAUCUCGAUGGGCUAAGGUGCCGACAGCGAAUACCGAAGAAGGGUAAUAUCCAGCAACUACUUAGUGACGCGGCUGAGAGAAGACCAGCGCCUACCUUUACCCAGCAAAUAUGGGAGCAGAAGAUCCUAAACCUGAUCACUGUAUCGCAUUUACCCUUCCUAUUUGUCGAACAUCAAGAAUUCCACGACCUCCUUUCCUACGCACGGCUAGCACCCACACUACCAAGUGUUCCAUCAAGAAAGGUGAUUCGUGAGCGCCUUCAGGAUUUUGUUAUAGAACAUCAACAGGAGACACUACAACGGCUUCCAUCUAGUGCAAGAAUGUCGAUUGCGCUUGACUGUUGGACUUCUCCAUUCCAGCAAGCAUUCAUGGCUAUCACAGGAUACUUCCUAGACCAGGAAUGGGAGUAUCGCGAGGUUCUCCUUGGGUUUGAGCCAAUAUCUGGAUCUCAUACUGGAGUGAACCUCGGUAGGGUUGUUCUCCAGAUCCUAGAGAAGCACCAGAUCGCUGACCGUAUACUGGCGGUGACAACUGAUAAUGCGUCUAAUAAUAAGACACUUAUCGCAGCGGUGAAUGAUUCGACUAAGACGCUACAGCAAGAGACAGAUUCUACAAUUGUCCAAGUGCCCUGCCUUGCGCAUGUUAUUCAAUUGAGUCUAACUGAUUUACUUGGUAAAAUUAAGGCCGCCCCGAAGAAUAACAACACCGAGACGGAAUGGUCUGAAGAUCGUGUACAUUCACUUCGUGCACGCCAGCAGAAACAUGAGAUCGCCGAUACUCUAAAUAAGGUUCGCGGCCUUGCAGUUUAUAUCAACGGAAGCCCUCAACGCAAAGAAGCCUUCUUGAAUCUUCAAUCUAAUAAUGCUGGGAUAAGGCUUCUCCCAAUCCAGGAUGUCCGUACACGAUGGAAUUCGACAUUUCUGAUGCUUCGGCGGGCGAAAAGACUUCAUGACAUAUUCGACAAGUACUGCAAGGACUACACCCAAACCCAUUUUGCAUUGAGUAUUGAGGGGUGGCGGCAGAUUGACUAUCUACUUUGUAUUCUCCAGCCCUUUUUUACGCUUACUACGCUAGUUUGUCGUACUAAAGACUCGAGUAUCCACCUUAUCUUUAGGAUUUAUAACAAGCUUUUUGAUCAUCUUGAAAGAUCAAUUCGUCAGCUUCGUCGAAAGAAAGUUCACUGGAAACAGCUGAUGCUUUCCUCCCUUGAGGCUGCGAAGGAGAAACUGAAGAAAUACUACGGCGAGACAGAUGAUAUCGAAGGUAAUCUUUAUGCAAUUGGGACGAUCUUAGCGCCAUCAAGUAAGAUGGAGUUCUUUUCAACAGGUGAUUGGGACCUAGAUCCUGAGAUAGGAAAGGACUAUAGAAAAGAAUACCGCAAGAGUCUUCAGUCUCUUUUCGAGAGAUAUAGCCAACGUGUACCAUCAGAUAUGAUACAGCCUAAUAGCCAGUUAUUAAUAACUGAAUCGGAGCUAGAGAGGGCCCUUGACGGUGAUUCUUCACCACGAUCAAUUGCUCCACAGUACGACGAGCUCACCAAAUAUCUCCAGAGUGAUACUAUUAAAGGAUCUGUUCGGAUCUUCUGGAAAGAUCAUCAGAGAGAGUUCCCUGUUCUUGCAAGCAUUGCCCGUGAUAUCAUGUCAAUUCCAGCAACUGGUGCCGGAGUUGAGCGUCUGUUUAACUCUGCUCGGGAUGUAUGCCACUACCGCCGGGGGUCGUUGAAUCCAGAGACUAUUCGUGAUAUUAUGUUGUACAUGUGUACAACAAAAUUUGAUAUUGAGGAGGAGCAGCGGCUGAUUCUCCAAGAGUAUCUCUUAGACCAUGAGAUAGCAGCUUCGGCAGAAGCACUUGAUGUCCAGACACAUACCUUCGAGGCUAUCAGUGAUGACGAGGAGGAGGAUAUUGAGUUGCGUCUUGAUACACCGGCUGCUGUAUCAAUUAUGCAAACAACCCCAAACGUACCGCCACUCUCAGCGGUUGCCGCUGGAAAGCGGCCUGCGGUCACUUCUGGUGAUGAGGAAGAUUCUGAUGCCGAUGGAUUUGUGAACCCGGAGGAGAACCUAUUAUUAUCCUUCCCUAAUACGCAGCAUCGUGUAUCAGACACUAUGCUAUAG